AUGUUCAUCCAUGGCACAGCCACAUAGGCAUAUACCGUUAAAUCGCCCAGACGGAGACCACACCAACCAAACGCCACCCGAUCUUCAAAGAAAAACGUACUAGCAUCGAAGCAGAGAUGCUCCUGGCUCGCGCCUCCCCGGCCUUCCUGCCCUCCACCUCCUCCUCCCCUACCCCAUCGUCGCAGACGCUACCGCCGUCUGCGUCCUUCGGGAGGAGCCAGCGCACCGGUGGCAGCCUAACCGUGGCAUCGCCGAACUGCACCGUUAGACGGCCCGUGAUGGCGGGUGCGGCAGCGGCAGUCCCGGCGGCAAAGCUGGAGGACGCAGAGGCGCUUAUCGACUCUGUCGAGACGUUCAUAUUCGACUGCGAUGGGGUGAUCUGGAAGGGCGACAAGCUGAUCGACGGCGUGCCGGAGACACUCGACCUGCUCAGAUCAAAGGGCAAGAGGCUGGUCUUCGUGACCAACAAUUCGACGAAGUCGAGGAAGCAAUACGGGAAGAAGUUUGAGACGCUCGGGCUCAGUGUCAACGAGGAAGAGAUAUUUGCUUCGUCCUUCGCAGCUGCUGCGUACCUGCAGUCCAUCGAUUUCCCUAAAGACAAGAAGGUUUACGUGAUUGGAGAGGAAGGGAUUCUCAAGGAGCUGGAGCUGGCUGGCUUUCAGUACCUCGGUGGACCUACAGACGGUGACAAGAAGAUUGAGCUGAAGCCUGGCUUCUACAUGGAGCAUGACAAAGAUGUUGGAGCAGUGGUAGUGGGAUUUGAUCGCUAUUUUAACUACUACAAAGUUCAGUACGGGACACUCUGCAUACGUGAGAAUCCUGGGUGCCUUUUCAUUGCAACAAACAGGGACGCUGUCACCCAUCUCACUGAUGCCCAGGAGUGGGCAGGUGGCGGGUCAAUGGUCGGCGCUGUUCUUGGUUCAACCAAACAAGAACCGCUUGUCGUCGGGAAGCCGUCAACAUUCAUGAUGGACUACCUGGCAAAGAAGUUUGGAAUCACAACAUCUCAGAUAUGCAUGGUAGGUGACCGUUUGGAUACUGACGUUCUAUUUGGGCAAAAUGGAGGCUGCAAAACUCUUCUGGUUCUUUCAGGUGUGACUUCUGAGCAGAUGCUUCAAAGCCCCGACAACAAAAUCCAGCCAGAUUUCUACACAAACCAAAUUUCUGAUUUUCUCACCCUUAAAACAGCAGCAGUAUGAACAGAAAUGUGAACGGACUGUUUUACCUGGGGAGGCCCAUCACUUUUGUAUAGCAACGAAGAGAUCACAGGGAUGGUUUUCUUUUUCACAUCGAUUUGUAAUCGUGAGACAGAUGUUUAAAUGCAAGUAUGUAUAUCAUUAAAUGCAUAUCAAUUUGAUGCUGCUGCCUA